AUGGAUCUGGGAACCUCUGGAAAUAAUUCUGUUGUCACUGAAUUUGUCCUGCUGGGCCUAACAGAGAAUCCAGCAUUACGGCCCAUCCUCUUUGUCAUAUUCCUUCUUGUUUAUAUAGCUACUGUUGGUGGCAAUUUUAGCAUCCUGGCUGCCAUUCUCACUGAUCCCAAACUCCAUACCCCCAUGUACUUCUUCCUGGGAAACCUGUCCCUGUUGGAUGUUGGGUGCAUCACUGUCACUGUGCCUGCCAUGCUGAAGCAUUUAAUUUCCAAUAACAGACGCAUUUCCUAUACAGCCUGCCUCUCACAGCUCUUCUUCUUCCACCUCUUGGCUGGUGUAGACUGCUUCCUGUUGACUGUCAUGGCCUAUGACCGCUAUCUGGCCAUCUGUCAGCCUCUCACUUACAGUACCCGCAUGAGCUGGGGGAUCCAGAGAGUCCUGGCCAGCAUGUCAUGUGUCUUUUCCUUCACCAAUGCACUGACCCAUACCGUUGCCAUCUCUACUCUUAAAUUCUGUGGGCCCAAUGUGAUCAAUCAUUUCUACUGUGACCUCCCACAGCUCUUUCAGCUCUCUUGCUCCAGCAUCCAACUCAAUGAACAGUUGCUUUUUAUAGCAGGGCCCUUCAUGGGUAUUUCACCACUGCUCCUCAUCACUGUGUCCUAUGCCCAUGUAGUGGCUGCAGUCCUGAGAAUACGCUCUGCUGAGGGCAGGAAGAAAGCCUUCUCUACUUGUGGCUCCCACCUCACUGUGGUGGGCAUCUUCUAUGGGACAGGUGUCUUCAGUUAUAUGAGACUGGGCUCAGCGGAGGCUUCAGACAAGGAUAAAGGAAUUGGCAUUCUCAACACCAUCAUCAGCCCCCUGCUGAACCCACUUAUCUACAGCCUUCGGAACCCUGAUGUGCAAAGUGCUCUUCGGCAGGUACUCACAGGAAAAAGACUUCCUAAGUGA